AAAAAGUUUUAUCAAAAAAUGCUCAGAGAGUCAGUAAAGUCGUAAAGCCCAAAAGGUCAAAACCCCUAACCAAAACCCUAGCCUCCAUUAGCGACAACUCUCACCCACAACAAUGGCGUUCCGUGAGCUCAUAAAGAAGUACGGCAAGGUAGCUCUAGGUGUCCACUUCACCGUUUCCGCCGCCUCCGUCUCCGGCCUCUACAUCGCCAUCAAGAACAACCUCGACGUCGAGUCCUUCCUCCAAAACUUUCACAUAAACCCAUCGCCGCCACAACCACCGUCAGAACCAAACCCACAAGCCCAAACCUCUUCGUCUUCCUCUUCUUCUCCAGAUGGGUUUGUGAUGGAAGAGACAAAUGGGUCACCGAAUCAACCGACGGUGGUGGUUGAAGAGAAGAAGCUGAAUCGGACGGCUGAGCUCGCUGCAUCGACCGGUGGAGCUUUGGCACUCGCUGUGCUUUGUAACAAAGCUCUGUUCCCUAUUAGAGUUCCGAUCACCAUCGCUCUUACCCCUCCGAUUGCGAGGUUCUUGGCUCGGAGGAAAAUUACCAAGACCAGUGUAUGAAUUUUUUCUUGUCCUUUUUAAAAAUUUUAGAAAAAAAAAGGAACUUUUUUUUGUGGGCAUGUCAUGAUAUUCAAUAAAGUUUAUUUCUUUGUUGUUGUUGUUUAUGUUUCUAUGUUGAUUAGAGAAAUGAGAAAUGGAUAAUACUAUACAUGGGUUUUUUUCAAGAUGUGGUAUUGGUUUCAAAUUUUAAGGAUUUGGUUGGGAUUUUAUGUGGGA